UUCAAAACUGAAAACAAUCUAAACGUUAUGUGUUUUCACUUUUAGGCUACUUAGGCCAUGUAUAAUAUUCUUUUUUGUUCAGUUCGGUGUGUCAAACUGUAUUGUGUUUUUGUAUUCUUAGUUAACAAUGUUCGUCUGACUACCUUCACAAGGAAAAGUCUCUAUUUUUAAAAAUUUUACGUGGUUGGCUUCGAACAGCCGUGCUACGUUUGAAUAAUUUUUAUAUUGUCUUUAUUAUUUAUUUAUUUUAACAUUAAGAAACGACGAAAAUGUCAUCUAAUCCUCAAGCAAUAAAUGUCCAAUCAUACAUCAGAGUGAGACCGUUGAAGCAGAAUGAAAAAAGAACCAACCAUUUAGAAUUUUUGCCGAAGGAAAUAACAAUUAAGUCAGAAAAUGGUCGAAAUGACAAAUGUUUGACUUUUGAUAAAGUAUUUGAUGUAAAUACAAAACAGGAGACUGUAUACAAUACUGUUGUCCGGCCAAUGAUCAAAGAAGUUUUACAGGGCUACAAUUGCACUGUUUUUGCAUAUGGACAAACUGGCACAGGGAAAACAUAUACAAUGACAGGGGAACAAAUUGUUCCAGGCCAAGAGAAUGUACAUGCUGGUAUAAUUCCUCGUGUGAUGGAGGAUAUCUUUAAUGAACUUGAAGCAUCAAAUUGCAAGUAUCAAGUGUCAAUCAUAUACAUUGAAUUAUAUAACGAGAAAUUGCGGAACUUAUUGGAUAGUCAAAGUACAGUGGAUGAUUCAAUCAUGGAUUCCAACAUACAGAUGCUCGAUGAUAGAGAGGGUGGUGUGGUCCUGAAAGGUCUGGUGCCCAUUCCUGUCAAGUCCAGGGAUGAAGCGUUUAGGAUACUGUGUGAAGGUGCACAAAAACGGCAGAGUGCUGCAACUUGCAUGAAUAUGAAUUCCAGUCGAUCUCAUACAAUCUUCACUAUCAACGUGAACAUCAAGGAGAUUGCAAUUGAUGACAGAGAAGAUGUGAUGAGAAUCGGCAAACUUCAUUUGGUGGACUUGGCAGGAAGUGAGAACGCUUCCAAGUCUGGUGCCAGUGACAUGGCCAAUCGCAAUGCGCUCGGAGUCAAUCGACGGCUGACAGAAGCAAGCAACAUCAACCGGUCGUUACUGACACUGGGUCGAGUAAUUACUAGCAUCACUGAAAACAAUCCACACAUCCCGUACAGAGAAUCUAAACUAACUCGCUUACUGAGAGACUCUUUGGGUGGAAGAACAAAAACUUGCAUAAUCGGGACAAUAUCUCCUGCCCAGUCCAACCUUGACGAGACGGAGAGCACCCUCAACUAUGCGUACAAGGCUCGUUCCAUCAAGAACAAACCGGAGAAAAACAGAAAUAUAUCUGACAAAGAGUUCAUGCAGGUUGUUGAUGGAAAAAUAUCCCACCUCAAACACGAACUAGAAACUUUGAGGCAAGCCGAAGGAUUUUACAUAUCUACCGAGACCAGUGAGGAAAUGGUGUCACGCAUACAAGAAUUGGAAAAUUAUUUGAAAAACAGUGAAGAAGAAUACAACAAUCUGAAUACUGCUUAUUUGGAAAAACAGGAAACAUUUAAGCAACUAAACACUGAUUAUGGUAUCAAAUGUUUAGAGUACGAUAACUUGAAGAAGUCAUUCCAAACUGAAAUCAAAAGCUACAAGGAAGAACUGAAUCGAUUGUCAAAAGAAAUACUAGUCAGUGAAUAUUUCAUUAAAGAAUACAAAAAAACAGAGGCUACACUGGCAAACCAGGAGAAAGCGUGUCACUCUGUGAUAGGAACUCUUCUGCAACACCAGAACAAACUGCAUGACAAAGUCCAACGGAAAGCAAAUGUCGAUAACAGCAAUUUACAAGAAUUGGUACAACUAAAAACUGCAAUCACUACAAAACUUGAGGAGUUGUCAAACAAUUUAAUGUCUUUUUACAAGUUAGAAGAAGAAUUCAAAGCGAAUGCAACAGAUAAUGCAAACAGCCUUUUAGGUGCAAUAGCUGAAAAUUUAGAAAUGUGUUUCAAGGAUGUUGGAGAAUUCAGAGACAGAAUCAAAGAAUUAAACAAUAGUACAUUGAAUGUGGGGCAAAAAUUGGUGGAUGUAUUGAAUGGACUGGUACAGAGCUGUAGAGAUGCCGAUGAUAAGCAUCACAUAAUUAUGAAGAUACUUCAAAGUAACAUAGCCAGUAAUGGGUUCACUGCCAUGGAAAAUAUGUGCUCAACUAUUGAAGACUUCAAACGUUUUUGCACCUGCAAUAAAAAUAAUGUUGAAAAGUCUUAUGCAAAAAUUCAAGAAGUUGAAGCAGAAGCAGAGUGUAAUGCCCAAAAGAUCAGUUGUACAUUGAAGAACAUCAUGGAACUGAUGAACACCUUCAGAGAAAAAUGCUGUGCAACUAUUGUGGAAGCAGGCCAAGUUGAAACGAAAGCAACAUUAGCAGCAGAGAAAGCUAGACAAAUAGUUGAGGCUGUUGAAGAACUGGAUAUCCUGACUGAUGAAGUCGAGCAAGAGGCAGAAACAGUUGAAGUUACAUUGGCUGGCUACAGCGAGAACAUCAGCGACUCGAAGACUUCCGUCAUUAACGAUAUUGUGGAGUAUCUGACUCAGCUCCCUUUAACCACUAAGAAAACAUUCGAGAACAGAGAAGCAGAUAAAUUGUUUGUGGAAAGUGUUCCUGAGGAGGUGGAAUAUUUCAUAUCAGAGGUGAACAAUCUUCUGAACAGACUUUACUCAAGGAACAAUCACGAAUUUGAUGGGAAUUUUAAGUCCAUUAGAGCAAUCAAAACUGAAGUGGGACACAAGAUCCAGGCUGUCCACGAUGCAUUCCAAGUCAACAUAGAUGAGAAUGUACAUAAGAUAAAGAAGUUUCAAAAAUACGAGGAAUGCUUUUACAACAGAAUAAAAAAGCGGACAGUUGGAAUUUGAGCAGUGUUCAGAAAGAGGGCUAAGAGAUAUCUACAAUGAAUAUUACAACCACAAAGGUUCCAUAAAGACAGAGGAAUCUAAGAUCAUUAAGGCGUUCAGCAACAUCGUCGAACAUGCUAAAGUCUUCAAGUACAGGCCAGACGCUCCCCUAGGU